GAAAUCAUUUAACUUGCUAGCGAAUUUGUCACAGUAGGGUAAACAUGGCGAGCCUAGCAGAUGUCGGUUGGAAACUCCUGGAAUUCAAAGCCCGAUCAAACAGAUCAGGUUCCAUCUAUGAACCUCUCAAGCUGUCCACUCUCCAGCGGGAUGAUGAGCCCCUAUGGGAGAAGCUGGACCGUUACUACAAUGCUGUCAAGACAACCAUUCUGAACUACCAGAGUCCGACCACCGGCCUUUUCCCCGUCAAAACGUGCUCCACCUGCAAGGAGGCCAAGGUCCGGGACUCCCUCUACUGUGCUGCCAGUGCCUGGGCCCUGGCGAUGGCCCACCGACGCAUUGAUGACGAUAUGGGGCGAACCCAUGAAUUGGAGCAUUCUGCCAUCAAGUGCAUGAGAGGGAUCCUCUACUGCUACAUGAGGCAGGCUGAUAAGGUGGAGCAGUUUAAACAGGAUCCCAGCCCCUCCAAGUGUCUGCACUCUGUGUUUGACGUAGACACGGGGGACGAGGUUCACUCCUACAACGACUACCACCACCUGCAGAUCGAUGCUGUUUCUCUGUUUCUGCUGUAUCUGGUGGAGAUGAUCUGCUCUGGUCUGCAGAUCAUUUACAACACAGAUGAGGUUUCCUUCAUCCAGAACCUGGUGUUCUGCGUGGAACGGGCCUACAGGGUGCCUGACUACGGCAUGUGGGAGAGAGGCAGCAAAUACAACAAUGGCAGCACGGAGCUGCACUCCAGUUCAGCUCUGACUGGGAUGUGUUUUGCUCUGCAGGGCUGUUCCUGGUCGGUGAUAUUUGUGGAUCUGGACGCCCACAACAGGAACCGACAAACCCUGUGCUCCCUACUGCCCCGAGAGUCCCGCUCACACAACACAGAUGCAGCCUUGCUUCCAACCAUAAGCUAUCCUGCGUUUGCAGUAGAUGACGAUGCCCUCUACAGUCAGACGCUGGACAAGAUUGUCCGCAAGCUGCGGGGCAAAUACGGCUUCAAACGUUUCCUCCGCGAUGGCUACCGCACCACCAACGAAGACAAGAAUCGCCGCUACUACAAACCUGCUGAAAUGAAGCUUUUUGAUGGAAUCGAGUGCGAGUUUCCCAUAUUUUUCAUCUACAUGAUGAUUGACGGGGUGUUCAGAGGAAAUAAAGCUCAGGUCAGAGAAUACCAGGACCUCCUUCAACCCAUCAUAUUCCUGUCUAAUGAGGGCCAUGCUGUGAUCCCCAAAUACUACUACGUCCCGGCUGACUUUGUGGAAGCGGAGCAAAACAAGCAUGGAAGCCAGAAGCGUUUCCCUAGCAACUCUGGCCGUGAUGGGAUGUUCUUCCUGUGUGGUCAGGCCCUUUACAACAUCGCCAUGCUGCUGGUGGAUGAGCUGAUCAGCCCUAAAGAUAUUGACCCCAUCCACCGGUACGUUCUACCAGAGCAGCGCAACGUCAGCAUGCGAUACUCCAAUCAGGGUCCCAUAGACAAUGAUGUUGUGAUUCAUGUGGCCCUGGUCGCAGAGAGCCAGAGACUUCAGGUGUUUUUGAACACCUAUGGCAUUCAGACCCAGACGCCCCAGCAGGUGGAGCCCAUCCAGAUCUGGCCUCAGAAGGAGCUGGUCAAGGCAUAUCGUUUCCUUGCCAUAAAUAAGAAGCUGGGGUUGAGUGGGCGUCCAGAGAGGCCAGUGGGCUGCAUUGGCACAUGCAAGAUUUAUCGUAUCCUGGGCAAGACGGUGGUGUGCUACCCAAUAGUGUUUGAUCUAAGUGACUUUUACUUGUCCCAAGAUGUCAUGCUGCUGAUUGAUGAUAUUAAGAAUGCCUUGCAGUUCAUCAAACAGUGCUGGAAGAUGCAGGGACGUCCUCUCUUCCUGGUUCUCAUUCGCGAGGAUAACAUCAAGGGGAGCCGCUUCAACCCAGUCCUGGACAUGCUGGCCUCAUUCAAGAAAGGCAACAUCGGAGGGGUCAAAGUUCACGUGGACAGACUUCAGACGCUGAUAUCUGGAGCCGUGGUGGAACAGUUGGACUUCCUGCGUGUCAACGAGGCGGAGAUCCCCGAGUUUAAGAGCUUUGAGGAGUUGGAGCUGCCGAAGCACUCCAAGGUGAAGAGACAGACGAGCACGCCCAACGCCUCCGACCUGGAGCAGCAGCCAGAGAUCAACGUGGAAGAGUGGCUGCAGAAGCCCACCAAUGAGAUCAUCCAGAAGUUCCACGACUGCGACUGCUUGGCCAGUCAGGCUCAGCUUGCAGCCAUCCUUCUUAGGAGAGAAGGACCAGACUUCCUGGCCAAAGAUGAGAACCUGAGGGAUGAGCUGGAGAGACUCUACAGAAGAGCUGGCAGCAGAAAGCUUUGGCCGGCAGUGCGCCAUGCUGCUGCCAUUAUCAAGAAGUUCGCCAGCUCUUUGGCUCCUCACAUCACCACAAUACUGGUGCAUGGGAAACAGGUGACCCUCGGCCUAUUCGGGCAAGAGGAGGAGGUGAUCUCCAACCCGCUGUCACCAGGGGUGAUCCAGGGCAUCAUCUACAGCAAGUGCUCCCCUCAGGGUGGGGAGCGGGAGGCCGUUCUGCAGCAAGAGCUGGUCAUCCAUAUCGGAUGGAUUAUCUCCAACACCCCGGAGCUGUUCAGCGGCAUGCUCAAGAUCAGAGUCGGAUGGAUUGUCCAGGCCAUGAAACAUGAGCUGAAGAUCCGGGCGGGAGACAUGCCCCCCCAGGACAUCUACCAGCUGUCCCCCAGCGACAUCAAGCAGCUUCUGCUGGACGUCCUGCAGCCACAACACACCGGCAGGUCUUGGCUGAACAGGCGUCAGAUCGAUGGCUCUCUGAACAGAACCCCUCUGGGCUUUCAUGAUCGUGUGUGGCAGAUCCUGGAGAGGACCCCCAAUGGUUUUACGGUGGCUGGGACUUACCUCCCACAGCAACCGACACUGUCUGACAUGACCAUGUAUGAGAUGAACUUCUCCCUGCUGGUGGAGGACACACUGAAGAAAAUCGUCCUGCCUGAGUACAGACAAAUCAUAGUAGAGCUGCUGAUGGUGGUGUCCAUCGUGCUGGAGAGAAACCCGGAGCUGGAGUUCAGUGACAAGGUGGAUCUGGACGAUCUGGUCAAGCAAGCCUUCAAUGAUUUCCAGAGGGAUCGCAGCCGCUUGGAAGGCAUAGAGAAGCAGGAUGGCAUGGAGGCAUUCUACAACACCCCACCGAUGGGAAAGAGAGGCACCUCCAGCUACCUGACCAAGGCUGUGAUGAUCCUUUUGCUGCAGGGGGAUGUCAAGCCCUGCAAGGACGACCCGUGCUCUGUUAGCUAGAUUUACAACGCUUUGACCCCCCCAGCCCGGCCUGCUGCAGUGUAGUCUUUAAAUGGUCCGCCAAGGUCUACUGAGUAUCCAUCACAUGUAUUCAGAAGAGAACCUCUAACCUCUGCCGUCCCCCCUGCAGGAGGACUCUGCCCGCUCCUGCAAGCGACCUUUUCCCUGGACUUUGUCCUUAACAGCUACAGCCUCCAUAGGUGUAGAUGAGCAUGUCUGCAGUUUGCUCCAGUCGUUAAAAUACAUCCAGCCAUCAUGUUUAAUAUAACAACAUCAAUGUUAAGAAUUGGGGGAAAUACUCAUCAUCAGGUCCUUGUUGAUUUUACCUCUACACAUUUCUACACAGUAUCCUAACUGUGCUGUGUAAGAUUUUAAUACAAUUCUAGUUAUUUUAUUUUAUUUUUUACCAUUAGUGGCUAGUCAUGUCAAAUGACACAUAACUAGCUAAUCACAUACCAUAACUAGCAAGCUGUUGUGUUAUCCUCUGCCUGGAUGCUGUAGAUUAGCACGUCUGCACUGUGUUCCAAGGGUUAAUAUACUAGAGGUCCACCGGUUGUGCUUAACUCACUAGCACCUGUAUAACCUUGCACCUCUUGUUGUUGCCAGAGUUCAGUGUCCCAGCCGUGUAUUCAAACUCAAAAGUGUUAAUUAAUUAAUUACCAUCGCUGGCUAGCUAUGUCAAAAUGGUACCCGGCAACGAUCUACUGUUAUUGUGCCCUUUCAUCAAAUAUACCUAUUUUCUUAAAAGAAACAAUCUAAAUUAAAUUAAUUGAAGGAAAAAAAUUACACUGGUGAUAAUAGCUUUGGGUUAGCUUAUCUUAGCUUAGCAUUAACACUGAAAACUGGGGGGGGGGAGCUAACCUGGCUUUGUCCAAAGUUAAAAUGUUAUGCUAACUUAAGCUAAGCUAGCAGGUUGCUGGCAGUAGCUUAAUUUUUAGCGUACAGUCAUGAGAGUUGUGUUAAUCUUCUCGUCGAACGCUCUGUAACAAAGAGAAUCAUCAUCUAUAAAAAAAAUGACAAACUAUUUUUUUAAUAUUUGGCUCUGCUUAAAAAUCCAAAUGUACAAAUGUUUUGUAUUCAGGCACUUAAAAAGAAUGCAACUAUGAACUCUGAGAAACGAACAAUGAUAUUAGAUACAAUAAUUGCAGUAACCUAUAGCUUUUACAUAGUAAGUCAGUACAAGCUCAUGAUGUAUCAUUUGGGGUUCUCAGAUUGAUGCGUUUGGCUGCCAGGGACCUUUCAAAUGUAUCAUAUAUCACCAGAUAUAAAAAGUAGGUACUUUUGCCAUGUUCCAUCAGUAUAACUUUAUGAAUUUUCAUCUGGUUAUCUUCAUCUAAACCAUCUAUAGGGCUUUGGCAUUAGAAGGUUUUAGAACCGCUGCAUAGAGAUAUUUGGUUUUCAUGUGAAUUUUCAGCUGACGUGAGGUGUUUGGUGCACUAUGUUGAGUUUCUCUUAGUGGAACGCUGUGUCCUCUUACCUCUAUGCAUGCACAGUUUGCCGCAUGACAACAGGUCCGGUUUGCUAUAACCAUGGGGACAGUUUCUCUGAAUGUGAUAGGCUACAAAAUAGAGUUCCUGAGAGGCCUGUUUUGCACAGUAGGGCUCCGCAUGACAAUGACUACUGCUCAUCUGAAGUCCUGGGACUGAGGAACCUUUAGUUCAUGCUGUUUUGUUGAACGUGGGCAACAGUGAAGACUGUCAUCCUUCAGCAGAAAUCAUACAAAAUUCACUUUGAUUUAUUUUAAAGCAUGCCUUUCUAAAUAGCAUCACUGUGAUGAAUCUGCCCAACCUUGUCACGUGUGUGUCUGUGUCUGUGUGUGUGUGUGUGUAUGUUUGUGUGUUGUUUACCGUUGUUCAAAAGAAGUAUUUUUAACUUGAAACUGUAGAUUCAAAGAAUAAAGUUGACAUAGAGACUAUAAA